AAAAAUAAGAUUUUAGAAAAAAAAAAAAUAGUUAAUUUGCGCUAUUUCUACCAUAAUCUGCUCUAAAAACCAACAAAACAAGUCAAGGUUAACCCUUCCAGAGCGUGGCGCUUAAAGUUGAAGUGGUGCAAAGCGCAAAUGUAUAGAUAAAUUCCGAUAGCAAGCAGAAUAAAGCAUCAGCUGCAUUGUGUGUGCGUUUUUUUGUUGUAGUUUAUUUGGCAUAUAUUCGGGUGGCCUACGUGAUUAAAAUACACAUGAAAAGAGGGCUAAGAGUGAAAUGGGGCAGGGCACAGUUGGCUAACAAGAGCCGCGGCCGUAUUUUUGCAAAAUAAUUGAUAGCGUUCGUCGGAAACAGCUGAAAUCGCCAAUAAUCUGAGACGCAGCCCCGUUUCAGUGUGUGGGUGUGUGUUUCUCUGUGUUUUUGCUUCUCCGCGCGUGUUUGUUUGAGUGUGUGUGUGUCGGGGGGCGAAGGUACAAACACACCCACCCAACAAAGAACAGCCGCACUACCAGACCACUCUCAAGGUUAAAAUCGGUCGUCGGCGCCCUUUGCUGCUGCCGCAAUGCUGUGAUGAUGAGCAGGGGACGAGCCAAGGACACAGGGAACAGGAACCGCAAUCGCGACCGCGACAUGGAGACGCCUCGCUGCUCCAUCUGCGGCACCACCCAGCAGCUGUUGCGUUGCGCCAAGUGCAAGGCCAUCUACUACUGCUCGCCGGCUCACCAGCACAUGGACUGGCCCAAUCAUCGGCAGGACUGCCGCUUGUUGGCCCGCCAGAAGAACAACAACAACAAGAUGCAGCAGAUGCAACAGCUGCAGCAGGCCGUGGCAGCCACCACACUGGAGGGCAGCGGCGCUGGCGCCAAUUGCUCCACGGCCCAGAUGAUGACGCCGGCCCAUCAGGCCCAGAGCUGGCCGGCAGAGGUGGACAAUCUGUUGAAUCUCCUCGGGCAACCGGGACAGGGGGGUACACAGCCAUCAGGGGAUGGCAGCCAGCGGCAGAGUCAUCACCACCACCACAACCACAGUGGGGAGAAGAGCUCCAGCUAUCAGAUCGGACUGGCAGACGCCAGCUUCAUGGGAUCGGGCAGCGAACGACGCUAUGAGGAUUUGUGCCGGAACAUCAUCAACGACAUGAACCAGUAUGGCCUGUCCGUGGUAGAUGACUUCCUGGGAAUGGAGACGGGCCUGAAGAUCCUCAACGAAGUGCGGAGCAUGUACAAUGCGGGCGCUUUCCACGACGGACAGCUGGUGGACAACCAGAAGCCCGAUGCUCCAUCCUCGGCGGUGCGAGGUGACAAGAUUCGAGGAGACAAGAUCAAGUGGGUCGGCGGCAAUGAGCCUGGUUGCAGCAACGUUUGGUAUCUCACCAAUCAGAUUGAUUCUGUGGUAUAUCGCGUGAAUACAAUGAAGGACAAUGGCAUCCUGGGCAACUAUCACAUCAGGGAGCGCACGAGGGCAAUGGUUGCCUGCUAUCCCGGAUCGGGUACACACUACGUCAUGCAUGUAGAUAAUCCCAACAAGGACGGUCGCGUUAUUACAGCCAUAUACUACCUGAAUAUCAACUGGGAUGCGAGAGAAAGUGGUGGAAUAUUGCGGAUUCGACCCACGCCUGGGACCACUGUGGCGGACAUUGAGCCAAAGUUCGAUCGGCUGAUCUUCUUCUGGUCGGACAUAAGGAAUCCCCACGAAGUGCAGCCAGCCCAUCGUACCCGCUAUGCCAUCACCGUCUGGUACUUUGAUGCCAAGGAGCGAGAGGAAGCGCUCAAUCGGGCCAAACUGGAGAACAGCAGGACAAAUAAUGCCAUCAUCAGCAGUACGUCCCAGGGACAUGCACAGUCUCAAGCACAGCAGGCCGAACCCGAUUCCACAACUACACUACCGCCACCCGCCACAGUAGCCACAGCGACAGGAGCAUCCUCACCCACAUUGUCCGCACCUGCAGCCGUAUUGCCCGCCAGCAUGUCCACGGGGACGGGGGCAUUGAAUGCGAAUGUUCCCAGCAACUCCUGCGCAGCCAGUAGCGAGAUAUGCACGUAACACAGCUCUAUAAUCGUGGCGGAAUCGGAAGAAAGAAAGGGCAACCAAAAAGUGUAAAUUAUUUCCAAAACACUCUGUAAAAAGUUAGUUAAAAACUAUUUAUGUACACAAGUCUAGAAGCGGGUCAGGCUCAGGCCCAAUCGAGUCAAGACCAGUUUGUAAACGUGAAUCAAAGCUCCUUUAGUCGUUAAGCCUUCUAGUUGUAGCCUCUAAGUCGUACGUUUAGUUAGUCUCACACAUUAACCCCUAGCUAACUGCUUUUUCAGUGAUCGAGUCGAUUGUUUUAGCAUCUUUUUAAUUCGUUACAAACUUUCGCAAUUGCGAAAUUGGGUUCAUUUCAUUGUUUUCUUGCUGCCAAAGUAUUAUAUCUAAAGAGCAGUGCAUCAACAAUAACAACAAUCGCCGUGCUCAUUCUAUCCUAUCUCAAAAUUGUGCCAGUAGAUUGUAUGAAAUGUGAUUUCUUCUGGCAUCCCACACCCCACUCACUCAAUCUGUCGACUCUCAUGCAUCUAGUACUCGUAGUUAGAAAUCUUUUUCAUAUCGUUAGGCGACAACAAAAUCUGUUCUCUUGUUAAAUUCUAGAAGAUUAAUUAUCCAUAUUUAUGGCAUAUCUACAUACACUUGUAUGUAUGUACAUAUAUGUAUGUAUAUUUUUCUAUUAAAUGAAAGCCUGAGCAAAUGCAA